AUGAGCGCCCAGGGGCAGGAGCACGGACACGCGGUGGUCGUGUGGGAGUGGGAGAACCGUCACGGACGGUGGAGGCCCUACAGCCCGGCUGUGUCGCAGCAUCUCGAGCGGGCCCACUACAAGAAGCUCACGCGGGUGUUCCUGCACGACGCGGAUCCCACCCUCGACAGGUAUUACAUCAACUUGAAGACAAAGACGCAAUGCAGCGACGACGGCGACGAGACGCACAAUGUGAGGAGGAAGUUUUACCUGCCGGGCUCGCCGGCCGGCAAAGGUGCCAAGUGGGAGUGGACAGGUGACUCGGACGACUGGCACACUUACGACAUGGAAGUGCAGUGUCUCAUAGAGGAAGCAUGGGCGAGAGGUGAGAAAACCAUCGACAUUUCCAAGACUUACCUGGGUUUCCCGUACAUCAUCAACUUCUGCAAUCUCACGCAAGUGAGAUGCUGCACGGGCUACGUGAGGCCGAUAAGGCGUAUACAACAGGCGCCCUAUCCGCUGGUCAAGGUCGCUCUGGAGGAGCUGCAAAUCACUUCCGGGAGGAGAUCGGCGUCGGUCACGGUGAAGAGUUCCACCGUCAAGGCCGCGCACAAGAAGUCGUCUAACGGAAGCGCGAAGAAGAGCAAUAAGAAAGGCAAGAACGGGGAGACGAACGGACCGACGAACAUCGCGCGCGUUAUUCUCAGUAACUUCAACAUAUUCAGCAGCAAGCACGGCAUCGAGAACAAUCCCGCGGCGACGAAUGUCGAGUCCGGUCAGAAGAGAAAGACCUGGGACACGGUGCUCGACGUCGAUUCCAGCAGCACCAAGAGCGGUCGCAGGCCGAGCGUGGACACCGUGUCCACGUAUUUGAGCCACGAGAAUCCGGUGGACCUGCUGGACAGCAGCAUGGGGAGCGACGACGCGUUCAAGGACUCCAUUCUCGGAAUGGACGCCACGUCGGACGUGAUAUCCCAGUACGUGAAGGUGGUGGAGAGCGACGGCUCCGACUCGUGUCCGGUGUGCCUGGGCGCUCCGGAGCCGCUGACAGUCGAGCUGACGCGUUGCAGGCACAGACUGCACUUGGCGUGCCUGAACGCGAUGCUGAGCUGCCAGCAGCCGCCCAUGUAUAUACAGUGCCCGGUUUGCCGUAUGAUCUACGGCGAGAAGAGAGGCAAUCAACCGCCGGGCAUGAUGAACUGGACGCGGAUACCGCGGGCUUUACCCGGCUUCCCGAGCACCAAUACCAUACAAAUCACUUACGACAUCCCAUCCGGGAUUCAGGGCAACGAACACCCGAAUCCAGGCCAGGCGUAUUACGCCGUGGGCUUCCCCCGGGUGUGCUACCUGCCGGACAACAAUCUCGGCCGCCGUGUACUGAGGCUGCUGCAAAUCGCGUUCGAGCGCAGGCUGAUCUUCACGAUCGGCCGGUCGGUCACUACCGGUCGCGAGGACGUCGUCACGUGGAACGAGAUCCACCACAAGACCGAGCUCGGGCCGUCCACGUCCGGCCACGGAUACCCCGACCAUAGUUACCUCGAAAGAACGCUCGCGGAACUGGCGGCGCAAGGCGUGACCGACGGGCAGUCGUCGCCGAUAUAUCAGCAGCUGCAUUAAUCGCGAUUACUGACAUACGAAUUGAGUGCAAAAGAGAUCGAUACAAAAAUGGGUUGACCUGCGACGAUGUCGAGAGAAGGGAAACCGGCCCGGCCACUUGAAAUAUUUGCGAAGCCUCUUGUCGCUAUCGAGCGCGGUCGGGUUUGAAUUUUGCAGGUUGACUCAUUUUUUUUCACAGCGUACGAAUAUUCGCGGUAAACUUAAGAUCCUCGUUAAUGCUUUGUCAACUUUUACAAAAAUUUAUGAAUGGUUGAGAGUAUAAAAGUAUAAAGGUUUGUCUUUUUUUUUCUUUAAUUUUUAUCCGUAUUAAUGUUGGCUUGUAUUAAGUUCUCGUUGGCAAAGUGUUGGCGUAAACUUACGUCCUAGAGAUAAAGCCUGGCACGUGGAAAUUGGAAAUGUAUAUUUUGAAACGUCUUCUCUUGAUUUUUAUUCCGUGCUAAGCAAGGAACUGAUAGAUAUAUCCUAGGGAACUGAGUCUUAGAUUUUUAUAUGCGUAUGUCUAUACUGAAGAGCAUUUUAUCACAACUAAAAGUGGGGGAAAAAUUGUCGAACGACAGUAUUAAAUUUAAUGUGUAGAUCUUAGUUUUAUAGAUAUAUUUUAUGGAAAGAAAAAUAUAUACACACAUCUUUCGCGAGAAACUUGCCAAGAAAUGCAUGUAGCAACUAGAAAGAUGCAAUUCUAUAAUUGCGAACAAUAUCUCGAUGUGGAAUAAUACUCGUUUAUUUACCUAAAUUACGAAGCGUAGCGUAAUUCUUGAAAAGGAGAAAUCAGGUAAUAAAUUAUUGUUGUCGUUCCAAAUUCUAUUUUUAAAGUUAACGCUAAGUCUCAUAUACUGAAUUAUAUUUAUAAUUUUUCAGACAAAAGCGU